AUGUCGAAAAUCCUGGCCCUAUCACAGAGCCUCGACCAAGCAGGGGACAUUGCUGCAGUCAGGACUCCAACUGCCCAGGACAGCGCAGAAGCCAAGCACCCACCGGAUCUCGGCCUGGGCAUCAACACUGUAGAGGAACAGCUCGAACAACUGACUCAGCUGGUACAGAAGCUCACUGCACGCAUUGCCAGUGAAGAGGACUUUCGAGAACUAUUGAGAGCUCAGCUCGAUGAGGCAUACGCGGCAAGCCACAGGUGGCGCGAAGCAACCACCGAUCAGCUCACGAAGGUUACUAGGACAGCAGAGGAACUCCAAUAUUUACUGGACCAAGAACGAGCAAGGAACGAAGAAAUGCGUAUGCAAUACGAGCGUCAGCUGAAGGUAAUUCGAAAUGGUAUUCAAAAGGAAAAGCGCGACCUGAAACAAUCACUGGUGCAGCAAGUUGACUUCAUUAUCCGCAAGUACAGAAGUCUGGCCACUGAAGCCGUCGCAGCAGCACGUCAGGAGCGUCAAAAAGUACAAACAGAACGCAUCAAAGCCCGUGAACUUGCUGAAACAGCUUGCCGUAACUUUGAGAAAGAUAUUAAGGAGAGGACAAAGAAAGCGCUGGAAGAGUAUCGCCAGCUCGCUCAAGAAGCCCACAAAGCAGCCCAAGCCGAGAGGGAGGAACUUAUGCAGAAGUGCACGGACCUCGAGAAAUCAAUGAUAAGCAAACGUCAACAACUCGACACUCUGGUUAUUCGGGAGGCAGAGAAGAGAGUCCACUGUUACAGACUGAGCCAUCAGAACAUGAAAGACCAGCUUGAACGUGAAAGGAGGCAGUUCGCACUGAUGAUGGGCGAAAUCGCAAACAAGGUUGAGAAGGAGUGCAGUGACUAUGACUCCGCCAUGAUUAAGGCCGUAGUGGUGUUCUGCAAAACGAAGGGUGUGGAUAUCGAUGAAACUACACUUCGUCAACAGCUGGGUAACAUUCGUAUCCAAGGGUUGAAGGAUGGCAGCCUAAGUUCUGAGCGGCCUGAUCCUCGUCCACUAACUGUCAAAUACGGCUUUCAAGCAGUGACUCCCGGGGGUGCCAAUUGA